AGCGCGGACCCUGCGGUGGGCACAGGUUUACAGACAAAGUUAAAGCUGAUGGAAAAGAAGGAUGCAAAACAGACGGAUGUGAAUUGAGGUUUUUGAAAGUGAUAUGCUGGGCCUGAUCCUGUACGCUUGAAGUCACGGGGUCUGAUUCCACACUGUGCAAAGUGGGUGCAGCUCACUAGCAAAGAUGUCAGAAUACAGCAACUUGGAUCCCUAUUGUCAGAACCUCAAACAGCUUUACAUGAACUAAACGAAGUUCACGCUUUGUGACUUAGCCCCCUGUGUUAUUGGAGUGCGAGCACCUGAGAUGUCACUGAAAAGGGAAAAACCAGUAGAUACUUCUACGCUGAAAAAAAUUGCUGCAGACAUGAGCAAUAUAAUAGAGAGCCUGGACACGAGGGAGCUCCACUUUGAGGGAGAAGAGGUGGAUUCUGACGUGUUAAAUGAACCAAAAACACCUGCGGGCAUCCCAUUUUCUACCAUUUAUAACACUCAAGGAUUCAAAGAGCCUCAUAUACAGACAUUUCUAACUGGGUGUCCGAUUAGAGUAAGAGUGUUGGAAGUCGAGCGUUUUACCUCAACAACAAAGGUACCAAGUCCAAAUGUUUACACUAUUGAGUUAACACAUGGGGAAUUUACAUGGCAAGUGAAAAGGAAAUUCAAGCACUUUCAAGAAUUUCACAGGGAACUGCUGAGAUACAAAGCCUUUAUACGAAUCCCUAUCCCUAUAAGGAGUCACACAGUUAGAAGACAAAGUAUCAAAAGAGGAGAAACCAGGCAGAUGCCAAGUUUACCGCGUACCUCUGAGAACAUGGUUCGAGAAGAACACUUCUCAAGUAGAAGGAAACAACUAGAGGACUAUUUGACAAAAAUCUUAAAAAUGCCUAUGUACAGAAACUACCAUGGAACGAUGGAAUUCAUUGGUGUAAGCCAGCUGUCAUUCAUCCAUGACCUAGGGCCAAAGGGAAUAGAAGGCAUGAUCAUGAAAAGAUCUGGGGGCCACAGAAUACCUGGUCUCAACUGCUGUGGUCAAGGAAGCGUCUGCUAUCGCUGGUCCAAAAGGUGGUUAGUUGUGAAGGACUCUUUCCUCCUGUACAUGAAGCCAGAUUCUGGAGCCAUUGCUUUUGUCCUCCUGGUAGAUAAAGAAUUCAAAAUUAAGAUUGGUAAGAAAGAGACUGAAACUAAAUAUGGAUUGCAGAUUGACAACCUCUCUAGAUCAUUGAUUUUGAAGUGUAACAGCUAUAGACAUGCCCGAUGGUGGGGACAGGGAAUAGAGGAAUUCAUCCAGAAAAAUGGCCAAAACUUUCUGAAAGAUCACAGAUUUGGGUCUUAUGCAGCUGUGCGAGAGAAAACUUUGGCAAAGUGGUAUGUAAAUGCAAAGUGGUACUUUGAAGAUGUUGCUAAUGCAAUGGAGGCAGCUAAAGAAGAAAUUUUCAUCACAGAUUGGUGGCUGAGCCCAGAAAUCUUUAUGAAACGACCUGUGGUAGAAGGAAAUCGCUGGAGACUAGACUGCAUUUUGAAGCGGAAAGCACAACAAGGAGUGAAAAUUUUUGUUAUGCUCUACAAAGAGGUGGAACUUGCCCUAGGAAUCAACAGUGAAUAUAGCAAGAGGACCCUGAUGCGUUUGCAUCCCAACAUUAAGGUGAUGAGGCAUCCAGACCAUGUGUCAUCCUCAGUGUACCUGUGGGCCCAUCAUGAGAAACUUGUUAUCAUUGACCAGUCCGUAGCGUUUAUUGGUGGCAUAGACUUGGCCUAUGGGAGGUGGGAUGACGAUGAGCACAGGCUGACUGAUGUUGGCAGCGUUAAGCGAAUUUCAGGAACAAAGUCCACGAUGAAUCUAGCAGCUGCAGCUGAAUCUACUGAAGCUUUAGCCCUAAAACCUUACACUGAUUCUCCGGGAGACCGGAAAAGUCUGGAUGAUGCCCUGGAUUCCUCACGGCUGAAAGGAAUAGGAAAAGCCAGGAAGUUUGCCAGAUUCAGCAUUUAUAGGCAGCUCCAUAAACAUGGCAUACAUCACUCUGACAGUGUGAGCAGCAUCGACAGCGAGUCAAGUUAUUGCAAUCCUAGUAGGAGUCAACAGAAUUUAAUCCAGAGUUUAAAACCCCAUCUGAAAAUGUUUCAUCACCACACUGAGUCCAGGCAAGGGCUUGCUGAGUCUGAGAAGGAUAAAGGAUCGAUCCGCAGCUUGAAGACUGGUGUUGGAGAGCUCUUUGGGGAAACCAGAUUCUGGCAUGGAAAGGACUAUUGCAACUUUGUUUUUAAAGACUGGGUUCAGCUUGACAAGCCAUUUGCUGAUUUCAUUGACAGACAUACCACACCAAGAAUGCCAUGGCAUGACAUUGCCUCUGUGGUACAUGGCAAAGCAGCACGGGAUAUCGCUCGACACUUUAUUCAGCGCUGGAACUUUGCAAAGAUCAUGAAGCCCAAAUACAGAUCCCUCUCCUACCCAUUCCUGUUGCCAAAAUCUCAGCAAACUGCCAACGAGUUGAAGUAUCAAGUGCCUGAGUCUGUUUUGGCCACUGUCCAGAUUCCUAUGCUGUUUCUCCCCUACCCUCAAGAAUUAGAUCUGCUAAGUAACUUCCUUUCUAAGGAAUACAAGGUCCCCUCAAGCUGUUUCUCUCUGUUUGUGAGGCAGGUGCUCCGUUCUGCUGCUGAUUGGUCAGCGGGCAUUAAGUAUCAUGAAGAAUCCAUCCACGCUGCCUAUGUUAACGUGAUAGAAAACAGCAAACAUUUCAUAUAUAUAGAAAACCAAUUUUUUAUUAGCUGUGCUGAUGACAGAGUUGUAUCGAACAAGAUUGGAGAUGCAAUUGCUCAGAGGAUCCUUAAAGCCCACAGGGAGAACAAGCGGUUCCGAGUAUACGUGGUGAUCCCGCUGCUGCCUGGAUUCGAAGGAGAUAUUUUAACUGGAGGAGGGAAUGCACUGCAGGCCAUAAUGCAUUUCAACUACAGGACCAUGUGCAGGGGAGAUCGUUCUAUUCUGGGGCAGUUGAAAACAGAAAUUGGGGGGGAUAAGUGGAUAAACUACAUAUCAUUCUGUGGGCUUCGAACAUACGCUGAAUUAGAAGGAAAACUUGUCACCGAAUUGAUCUAUGUUCACAGCAAAUUGCUAAUAGCCGAUGACAACACUGUCAUAAUCGGCUCCGCUAACAUCAAUGACCGCAGCUUGCUGGGAAAGCGUGACAGUGAAAUGGCUAUUCUUGUGCAAGACACCGAAACUGUCCCCUCCAUGAUGGAUGGAGAGGACUAUCGAGCUGGAAAAUUUGCUCAGUCACUCCGUCUCCGGUGCUUUCGGGUUGUUCUUGGUUGCUCAACAAAUCAAAAUGUUGAUCUCCUUGAUCCUGUUUGCGACAGAUUCUUCAAGGAGAUGUGGGUUUCCACAGCUGCUCGCAAUGCUACUAUCUUCGACAAGGUUUUCCGAUGCCUUCCCAGUGAUGAGGUGAACAAUUUAGUCCAGCUCCGUGACUUCAUCAACAGGCCAAUAUUAGCAAAUGAAGAUCCUGUGAAAGCAGCAGAAGAAUUGAAAAAGAUUCAUGGAUUUCUAGUCCAAUUCCCUUUUCGUUUCCUGGAGGAAGAAAACUUGCUUCCUUCUGUUGGAACAAAAGAAUCCAUGGUGCCCAUGGAGGUUUGGACUUAAGAAGAGGUAGACUGCUUUAGAGUUGAAAGCCUGGUUCCUUGGAGACGAGUUUGCACAGAGUCUGAUUUCAAGAAGCUUUUUUUGCUGAGGUGGCCGCAGAGAAGGUCUCCACCAAGCUAAUGUGCCUUUCAUAAGGAUUUUGGUGGAACAGUUUCAGACAAAAUUACACUAUCAUGGGAGGAAAAAAAGAGUUGGAAACUCUGAUUGAUAUACUCUAUCCACUAAAAAUAAGUUACUACUUAGCAUAUUCUAAGCACCUUACAGAUGCAGGCCACUUGUUAUGAAGGAAAAGAAAUAGUAAUAUAUAAUACUACUACCAGUGCGCUCAGACAUGUACCAUAAUCGUGAUGUGGCUACGCAGGAGUUGUAGGCUCUUUGUAUUUUCUGAUUUUUUGUGACACAGUUUAUUAGCUAGCUGGAGUAAUCCUCUUCAUCAUCCCUGUUUUGUAUUCCAUCAAGACAAUGCAUACACCUCCAUAAUCAAUGGGAAAUGUUGCCUGAUUCUGCUUUGGGCAUUCCUAAGAUCUUUGCUGGCUGAGUUUAAAUGUUACAUUUCUUACACAGAAAAAGACCGACCGUUUUCUGGUCAUAAUCAGUAUUUUAGCCUUUUCCCCCACCCUGAGGGAGUACGUCUUUACUAUGGGUACAGCAGUCAACAUUCCCGAUGCACACAGUGCAACACCAUGUAGAUCUUAGCAAUGGGCAACCCCAGCUGAGCUUGAAGGGCUGGCAAUUCCCGAGGGCUGGCAGUCUCCUGAAUUAUGUUCCUUGGGGUUUACAGACCUUAGGUGGAUGAAACUUUUUUUUCUUAUCAUUUAAGAUGUUUUUAUUACAUUUUAUUCCCCAAGGGAGAAUUGACUUUUUAACCAGAACCUUGGGCUGUGAACAGACGUAGCAUUUCUCCUGGGGCAAAGUCUUUUGCCCUGGGAUCCUACGCAGCUACACAUGCACUGCCCUAGUCCGAGUCCCUCUGAAGUAUGCGGCAUACAAUGUGCUAACACUUCUUUUACCUGGGACAUUGUGGUGUGCGUCUGUAAGGUGAUUGCGGGUCAUUCCAGAGACAAGCCUGCCAGGCUGUGUGCUCUUGCUGGCCACGCGCUGGCAGAGGAGCAGCAAUGCAGCUUAGAGCACCGUGCAAAUCACUGCUACGACUGUUCUGCUCUGAGCCACGUCCUAGGACAAUCAGGCCUGCAUCAAAGAGAGAGGUAUUUACAGCCCUACCUUUUUCUAGCUAACGAGAGCUUGGUGCUAUGUAUGAGGGAAAAUACAAUCCCAAAAGCUAGUCCGGCUAAACUGGGCUCCUCUUUUAGAUCACAAUGCUGUCUGUUAACACUGCAUUCAAUCCAUGGAGCGUUCCUCCUACUUCCUUGCCCUCCAGCCAACCUCCAGUGAAUGUGUCCAAUAUUUGUUGAGAGAAACCUGAAAUUUCAAGUGAACCAUGUUCAAGGUGGAUAGAAGUUACUCAUAUUGAGAUCACAUGUCCAUCUAUACUCUGCCUUGGGGACCUACUCCACCAUGGAUCAUCAUUAGGGACCUACCAAAAUUAUAGUUUCGUGUUUUUUUGUAGAAAAUGCAAAAUUGGGGGUUUUCCAUGAAAAACGGCAGGCUCUGCACUUUUGGCAGGCUCACUAAAAAAACCCUAAAAUUUAAGCAGAGAAAAGGGCAGGGAGUCCUUCAGCCUUGGAGCACAAAGGGAGAAAAGGGGGUGAGAGGGAGCAAAUGAGAGACUGAGCCUGUCACGUAGGCUUAGUACAGGUGCCAGUCUGGGGCCAGUCAGGGAAACAACAGGGUUUUGGUGCCGUCUUUUAAGCAGCCAAAGGCAUGCUGCUUCAGUAACUUGCUGCCUGAGGAGCACUGUGUUGUGGUUUGGGGCCAUUUGCCAAUCUGCAGCGAGGGGCAGGGCCACUGGGGCCCCUCAGCCAAUAAGAAGUGUGGGGGGACCCUGCCACAAUAAGUCUGCAAAAAUGGCACCCGGCACCACAAUCAACCUGUGAAAUUGUCCAUCUGUCACUUCGAUUUGGGUAGGUCCAUAAUCAUCAUGGUAAUUAGCUGUCUCAGCCAUGCAGAAGAAUGAUUCCAUGUUAUCUCAAGUACAUUCUAAGACUCAUUUGGCAUAGUUAAACUUUUCUUUUGCUUUCAAUUUUACUGUAAGCAUUAGUACCUAUCAUAAGACAUGCCAAAUCCUGGAGUCUUCUGGGAGGAGAGGUUAAAACUGACCUCCCUGGGCACGUCUACAUGAGAUGUUUUAUUGCGAAGCUGACUAACUAGCUCCGCAGUAAAGCAUCACUGUCUACACAUGUGGCGCUAUUAGGCCAGAGUAACCGAAUUAACUCUGCUCUAGUAUAGUAGUGCCCGACACAAGUCCUGUGCUACAGCAGUGUUACUAAUAUGUGUAGAUGCUGGUGGGGCUGGCUGGAGCAUGAGGGUGCUACAGUUGGGGGCUGCCUGCUAGCUUGCCCCCCACUGUAGCACCUAUGAACGACGCGUGUCCCCGGAUGCUGGGGGGGCACGGCAACCGCCCACAGGCGGCGGCAAUGGCAAUGGUUGGGGCAUGGCAGCAGUGAGCAGAGAGUUCCCAUAGGUGGCUACGGCAGUGGCGGCAGCAGGGAGGUCGGGGGUGGCGAGUGCCGACCGGUGGUUGGCAACCACCCACAGAUGCUACCAGUAGUGUUGGCAGUGGCCAAUGGCUAUUGGGAACUACCUGCAGAUGCCGCUGGCAGCGUUGGCAGUGAGGAUGGGGGGUAGUGAGCGGCAGCCGUUCUGUCAGGGGGUCCACCACCAAUCUCAGGGGGUGCACAUGCACGCACAUGCAUAUGCACCCACAUGUCAGUAGGUAGGUAUCUCACCUAUGUGCCCUAGCCAGCCCCUCUGCAGCAUGUUGGGCCAUGUCAGGCCCCCACAAACUGUGCCGGAGUUUAUUGCUCCACCUUAAUUUCACAUGUAGACCUGCCCUCUGAAGACACAAUUUUUCAGUCAGUGGAAGUGUGCUUAUUCCGUCAGGGUCCAAGCAUAACCUUUAAUUCUAGUCCUAUAAAAUCCUUCCCUGUCUUUACUCAAAAGACAUCACAUAUGUCCAUUACUAUGGUUCCCUUUGGUAAAGCAUCCAUACUGUUAUUUGUCUUCUUUGAAUGUUGACAGGUUCUAAUGUAGUCUUACUGUUUUUUAGUUCUAGAUAAACUUGUGGCACCAUUUGACAGAUCCACCUCAGACGCAGUUGGCACCAUGUCCUACAUUUAAGCCGAUUGCAUUAUAUAUCUUAAGAAAUGUAAUUAGGCAUAGAGUAAUUUUGCACACUACAUCACCUUAAUAAGUUGCAAACACUAACAUUCCUCAAGGGCAAUGGAAGUUUCAGCUAGUUGCUACAGUUUCUAUUAUUUCAUGUUCAUAUUUUAUAGAUGCAAUUAAUUAGUGGUAAUAUUGGGAAUCACGCUCAUUCUUUAUAUUCAGUGAGCUGGCAGUCUGCUUAAUCCGUCAGAAGUGCAGGUACAGCACUUUAUUAAAACAAAAUCUGUAAUGGGUCCAUAGGAGUAUGUUAUUUUUACCUGCAGCUUGUAGAUAGCUAGAUUCCAUCAAAAUUUGAGAGUGCUGUUAUUUAUAAUCUCUGCCAUACCAUGCAAGAGCCAGGCCUCCCUCACCAUUUCCUGUGCCAACACAGUGCAAGAGCAGAUGACUUGCAUUGCAAGCAAAACAAAAGUAUCUCGGGAUGCGGCGGCAGGCCAGAAGGAGCGCUGUUCUGAGAAACACUGCCCGCUCAUAACCUAGAAGUCAUGUAGCUGAAUUACUGUAGCACUGCGCUCAGGCUCUGUGAAGAGACAGAGUUUACUGAAGCUAGCAUAUGCAGAAUAGGUGUGGCAGGUCUCAGCACUGCGCUGCUUUGAGCUGUACAGCCGUACCCAUCACGUUUCAGUUUAGCGGUGGCCCAGAGCUUUUGAUUUCUUCCAGCAUUUUUAGGCACUUUUACGUUGAGCAAAAUUUUUAAAGUAAAGCAAUUGUAGCCUGUCAAACAAUCAUAUUAAACCACACAUAUAGAAAGUCAUUCUUGAAAAAGGCCAAACCCCCAAGAUUGUGGUGACCCACACCCCAGGGUAGCCAAGCAGAUCAUAAUCUUUCGUCUAAUUUUAUGACAUCUCCCAAAGUUAUUUUCCUUUCUGAAUAAAGGCACAGUGAUAGCAGUGAUCUUAAAAAGAAGAAGGAAGUCCAGACAGAAAACUGCCAUUUGCAUUCACUGGGGUUUGAUGCCUCUUGCAACCCAGCAGUGUUUCAGCUGGGUCAUGCAAAUAUGACUCUGGCCUCUUACUGCCUCAUGCUCCCAUUUAGCAAGGUGCUCAGCACAGACAAACCCCCAUGCCCACAGUAAGGCUCUUCUUGAAGGCAGGGGUCCCCACACUUUGAACAGACAACCUUACUGGGUCACCCAAUAGUAUGCAGCUCCCUAAUAUUCAAAAGAGAGUGUAUUCUGCUCUGUAGGACCUGCAAACGUUAUUGUUCUCUACAUCCAUUACUUGUUCACAGUUGCAGCAAUCAUAAAAGGCCUUUUUGUGACUGUCUGAUAACUGGACUUUUCUUCUGCACAGUAUGAAGCCACAAUGUGGGUGAUGUUCAGCACCUUAAAAGGAGUCAUCACUGCACAUAAACAAUCACUACUGUCUAGUCCUUCAGACAUCUGUGGCUUUCCCUUUUCUUAUAACACACUUGCAAAUAUACUGUUUUACAAGCAGCGAUGUCAUUUUUAAGUGCUAGCAGAUCUUGAAACAUGCAACCUGGUUUUCGUGGCUUUUAGUUUGUAAAAAUUGUAAGAAAAAAGAGAAAUUUCUUCCAUGCUCAGACUUUAUAUUCCACUACUCAACCUGCAUGGGUAGUUUGUUAAUGGUGGGUAUUCCUAAGCAGGUACCAGUAUGAGGCAUCACUAUUGCUCCUUACCAUGUGUUUAUAUAUUUUUAAAUAACGGGGUGUUUUAAUAUAGAGUUUGAUAUAGAGAGUCUGGAUUAGACUUGCUUAGGAUAGAAAACAGUGCAUGGUUAAAAAAAACCUGAAUUAAUAAUUUUCAUAAUUUUUUCAAGCAUUUUAUCAUUAAAAUAAUUUGUACAAACAACAGCCCUCCACUGUCGUAUGAGAGAACUGGGUUUAGCUUUUGGAUUUGCCCAGGUGUGCUCAUGGGCAAAACAAAUCACACAGCACAUGUCAGGGCAGACUCCUGUUUCCACUAAAGGAGUUUCCAUGGGCUGUCAUCGAAGCAGGGUCCCUAGAUUCAUAGAUUGUAAAGCCAGAAGGGACCUUGGAAGAUCAUCGGGUCCAACCCCCUAGUGCUUGGGAAGGAUUUGACUGUUGUUACUCAACAGUCCCUCUUUUUUACACCAGUGUAAAAAGUUGAGAAGGGACCCCAGUAACACUUCAGCUAAGGCCAAGCUUAGAAACCGUUGUUUAAAAAUGUUGGUCUAACAGGGGCAGAUUUUUAUGACAUUUUCGUAUCAGUAAAUGCCCCAAUGUAGAUACAGAUAUUCCAGCAUAAUGGUGCUUUUGCCAUUAGGGCUUGUUGUGUUCAGGGAACUGGCAUCAGCUCUGCCAGCAAAAGUACGUUACACUGGAAGAGUUCUCUGGUGUAUCUGGAGCUAUUCUGCCAGCCCUUUAAUAGCAUAUAAAGGUUAUGAAGCGGGGUGGCUGGAGGAACAAGGUGAAAUGCAAGAGCAAGUACAAACAGGAGGGGCUCUUAAGUUGGAACAAAUGUGCAUGAACUCUUGGCAUCUGACUCAGGAGGGUUGGUAGGGAAUGGUAUGAGUGACUGUGGGAAGGGUUGGUGAGUGUUUUAGUGUGUUGGCACCAGAGUAGGAGCUGCCGAUCUGUGUGUUUCCUUUAGCAGCUUUCAAGGCACUUGUCAAUUUUUUUAUAUUAACUUCAUUCACAUUUUAGACCCUGAUCUUGCUGCCUUCCUUACCUUGUCCCAUUGAUGUCAGUAGGAGUUUGCUUAAGCAAAGACCUCACGGUUGGGUAGUAUUUUAUUGUCUCUUUAUUCCAAUGGUUGAGUUAUUGUCCUUUCAAGAAGACAUGUCUGAAACAAUCAAAGCUGGCAUGACUUUGGUAUUGUAAUAGGAAGGGGGCGGUAUAUGCAGUUGUGUAGUUAUUACAAUAGCAUGUAUAUUUUAAAGCAUAUGGUGACCCAGAUAGGCCAAACAAAAACAAGUUUGGAUGAAACUUCAAAUUAAUUAAUUUUGUUGUAUUUUCCUUGCUGGCCAGAGUCAAGUCCUUGGCUGAUUUAAAUUGGCAGAGCUCCAUCAACCUCAGUGGAGUCUCACCAUUUCACACCAUCCUAGGAUCAGGCCUAAAGUGCACACUGUUGUCUGAUCAGAGCAGAGCAAGAGCCUGUGCAGAGCUACAUGAUAGAGUUAAUGCAGCACAUGCUGGACUAGUCACCAGCCCUGAUUCUGACUUUACAGCACUGUCAAACCUGGUAGCUAAUCAGAAGGAGAGGUGCCUCAUGCCCAGACUGAGCUCGGUGGAAAUGAGAACCUAGCAAAAUUGAGGCCUAAAACAGGAGUGUUAACUCUGCUGCAACAAAUGAAGUUUCACAAUGUAAAACCUAUGUAAAUUAGAUCAGAAUUAGCCCUGCACUGCCAGCUCAUGACUGUUUGCAAUGGCCUUUCUUUUGCUUGCUUUUCUUUUGUAUUUUCAAGAAGUUGUGGUCAGUCCAUUUUAACCUACCAGUACUGUUUUGUAAAAUACUGUAGAUGUUGUGACUAAUUCUUACUUGCCUGGCUCUAUCCUGAGAUGUGGGAAAUGAGAUCGUGUUUAAAGUCACAGAUCAAGAAACAGUCGCUUAAGUUUCUUGUACCUGAUCUAAUUGACAAAACAAGAGCUUCCAUAAUAUUUGUAUUUCAGAUAUUGUACAAGAGUUGCUGUAAAUCUAAAUCUCUGUACUUCUCUCCUUUAGACUGAUAAAAUUGUGAACACUGUGAAUAUUCCUUCUGUGAAGGCUUUUGAAUUGACAGUUUUGUAUUCCUGUUUCUGCUAAUGACUGCUUUUUUUCUCUGUCUAUGACUAUUUGGUAAAUAAAUAUGUAUUAAUCAACUGAAAA